CCUCCAAUCGUCAUGGCCCACAUCCAGUUCCUCAGCGUCGCCGCCAGCCUGCUGCUCCUCGUGGCCUCCACCACAGCGGGCUUGAUUGCCCAGCCGAGCAUCAGCUAUGCUGGCGAUGAGCACGCGGUGGCCCACACCCAGCAGAACGUGGUCAGGAGCUUCGAUGGCACCGUUUCCCACUACGCCAAGUCGGUCGCCACGCCCUUCUCCCAGGUCCACAAGCAGGACACCCGGAUCAGCAACAACGUCUACCAGCCGGCGGUGGCCAAGACCUUCAGCUAUGCCCCAGCCCCCGUUCCAGUCUCGAUCCCAGCUCCCGUCUACACCCACCACGCCCAGUCGGAGCCAUCUCAUCUGUUCACCCAGGCAUCGCCGGUUUACCAUCAGCCCGCUCCUUCUGUUUACCACCAGCCCGCUCAUGUCGAAGCUCCUUCCGUUUACCACCAGCCCGCUCAGGUGCAGAGUGCUUCGGUCUACCACCAACCUGCUCAUGUCCAGACCCCUUCGGUCUACCACCAGCCUGCCCAUGUGGAGAACCCCGCUGUGUAUCAGCAGACCGCCCACUACAGUCACCAGCCCGCUGUCAUCCAAUAUUCCCCGGCGGAGACCGUCUCCCACAUGAGCUUCGAUGGUUUCGGCACCCACUACGGAUUCUAAAUUAGUUUAAUUAACCUAAGUUAAUAGCUUCUUGUGCAUUUGUACUUGUUAAAUAAAAUGU